UUUCUCUUCUUACUUACCCGCGGCGGGAGAUGAUAUGAUCGAUAGAGACGACGACCGGGGAUAUUGGGGGUCAGGUUCCACUUCCGACGCAAGGUGCUGAUGACAUCAGCUGUCUGGGUUACAUUGUCUUACCAUCUAACGGUGCAAAGUGGCACUGCCGUGUACUUAAUGGAAUCGAGCACAGAUGAUAAGAGCAAUUAUUUUGUAAGACAGACAGUUUGGUUAUUCUGUUCAUACCUUGUGCUGUUUUGUUUCGUGGCCCCCGGAUUCCGACCCCGACUUGGACAAGCUCUAUUGGACCACUGGGUCGCUAGCUGGCCAAUAAAGGAACCGGCUCCUUUUAAGCAACGGAAAUGGUUUCGUGAUGGACUGACGGACUCAAACCUUGAUACUGUAUAAGUAUAAGUACAGUAGGUAGGUAGUACUAGGUACCUAGGUAGAGUCUGCGUAAAGUACAGAUUGU